AUGUCCUCCCGUACCGCGUUUGACGUAGUCACAAGGGCCGCUGAAGAAGAGGCCGCACAGGCAGCAUUUCACAAGUCCGCAAUUGAAUCUUGGACACUCUAUUCAAUUGGAGUUGCCGCGACUAUACUCAGGACAUACGCCCGAGGAAACGCCGUGGGCUUGAGGAAUCUGCGAGCCGAUGAUUACCUUGUCUGGGUUGGGAUUUUGUUUUACACCGCGCAGACAGCUCUUGCAUACAGCGUGGGCAAUGUUGCCCAUGGCCUAGCCAAUAAUGGUAUGACAGAUGCCCAGCGCGCAGGACUGUCUCUCGAUGAUCCCGAAUACCGAUAUAGGGUGGACUACAUACUCGGCGUUGAUCUGGUCGCUCAAGCUCUCCAUGCUGGCAUUUUACGUUCGACUGACGGAUGGUCUUGGCCGGCGUUAUCGAGUCCCAGUGUAUGUUGGCUUCGCCCUCGUCAUCGGCACUUUUAUAGCGAGCAUUAUAUCUGCCAAGCGGCUAUCUCCAAGCCAAUAGUCUGGGUGUCCUUCGCAGCAAACAUCAGCACCGAUCUUUACUUAAUUACGAUCCCAAUCCCAGUACUAUGGAGCACUAAGUUGAAACUGGUGAAGAAGAUUGCUUCUACAAUUGUACUCAGUGCCGGCGUGUUCGUUCUAGUCUGCGCCACCCUGAAGAGUGUCUUCGUUCUCGUAGACCCCCUCCACGGCGCAGAACUAAGCGGCGCAUGGGGUACACGAGAGACAUUCGUCGCAGUGAUAACAACCAAUCUACCCAUGAUAUUCCACUUGUUCAAAUCCUGGCUCGGGCGCGUUUACGGCAGUGCAUUCAACUCAAACCCGACAAACAAAUAUCCCAGUGAUUUCCAGACUAUUGGUGGUGGGGGUGGUGACUCCCGGAGUCGGAAUCGUCGGAAGCCCUCUAGUGGGUACCCUACAGCGGGGACCCUCACAUUGACCGAGAGUGAGGAACGAAUGGUGGGCGACGUCAAGAUGCAGAACCUGAAGACAUACCCUGCGUCUCCAACCGGGACUGUCGCAAGUAGUAUCCUGGUCUCGAAUCGGAUUGAGGUGACCCACGAGGACAGAAGCCGUCGAAAUAGCGAGCUGGAUCCGGACCGGUUGCAUGAGACCUGGUAG